AUGGUGUCAGCGGAGGAACAUGAGCAGGUGUUAUCGGAGGAGCUAGAGGUGCUCGAGAGCAUCUAUAUUGAGGAGCUACAGAAGCUUUCACCGACGCAUCUUCAGAUCCGCGUUGUGCCAGAAGAUUAUGACGAGGCCAAGCAGGACCCUAUUCUGCUCUUAGAUGUGCAGUAUACGGAGCAGUACCCCGAUGACGUGCCAGAGCUACACAUACAUGUCCUGGAGGAUGGCAGGCAGGUGUUGGGCAUGCCACCGCCAGAGGACGAGGAGCCACCGCGUGAUGAUCCACGCGAGGGUGUGCAGCUGUUAGCGAAAGAGCUUGAGCAAGUGGCGAAGGAAUCGCUGGGCAUGCCGAUGGUGUUUGCGUUAGCAUCGCAUUUGCGGGAGUCGCUGACAGACUAUAUGACGCGGCAGGCCCAGGAGGCUGAGAAGGCUGCGAGCGAACGGCGCGAGGCGGAGCUUCGAGCGGAGGAAGAAAAGUUCCGUGGUACAGCUGUGACGGUGGAGCGAUUCAAUGCCUGGCGCAUUGAGUAUAUGCGAAAGCAGGAGCUGCUUCGAGCGCAAAAGGAAGAGGCCUAUGUGGCAUCGCUGACGCCGAAGGAGCGUGAAGAGUAUCGUCGUAUGAAAGCCAAGCCGACAGGUCGAGAGAUCUUUGCCAAGCCAGAUGCGCGUGUCGAGGAGGAGAAGACGGACGAGUCUGUCAAGGAGGUCGACUUCAGCCUGUACUCGCGUGAGGAUCGUGAGAGGCAGGCGCGCGAAGACCAUGAGGACGAUGCGGCGCAAGAUGGGUAUGUAGACGAUAUGGACGAAUGA